GCAUUGCAUAUCAACCAACUUUAAUUGGAACAAAACUCCGCCACAAGACUAUCAACCGGUGAUUUUUGCCCACGCAUUCUACUUGGAUACGAAUAAGGUUAUGAGUCUGGGGUCAUAGCCUGCUAGUAAUGGAACGUGCGUGGUAAACCCUUUCGCUUGACUCUUUGUUUGAUCAAUAAACAAAGUUUCAGAAUCAAAUUCAUUUCCUUGAAUGAGAACUAUAUAAAUAUGUCCAUAAAAGUCCAUGAUUCCAGUUAAGAGUUUUGGUUAUCAUCAGAAACUUCAACAUGAAAUUUAGUGCAACAAUUUUUGCAACUUCUUUUAUCGCCUUGACUUUAGCAACAGGAUUUUCCGAUUUGAAUGUUGGACACUUGGCAAAAAUUAACGAAGAAAAGAAUAAGGAAUGCGCCGAGUUUUGCAAGUCAGUGGACAUGGAAUUACUGAAAUGCGAUGAUAGUGACCCCUCCACAUUAGCUGAAUGUAUUUGUAAGAAAGAUGACGAUUUCUUUCCUGAAUUGAUGGAAUGUGACCAAAAAUGUGAUAAACUAACUGCCGAGUUCAAGGGAAAUAAUCCUAAAGAUACAAAACAAAAAAUUUGUAAGUUAGCAGGUAUUGAAUAUAACGGAACCGAUUUCAAAGCAACAACCAAAGCCACUACAAACGCUAUGAAUGGAGCCUCGACGUUAGGUGCUUCAUUCCUUGCUGUCAUUGGAGUAUUGUUGGUUUAA